GCUUAUUUGUCUACUCCCACUACACUUACCUACCUACCUAUCCACUACGCGGACUACGCGGACUACUUCCACCACCAACACCAUUGCUGCCGUUGCAGCUUCGGAGAGAACAACUCAGCUGGCUGAAUCACCCACGCCUCUCCCCCCCGUCGUCCAAUGCCUAUAAGUUGCUACGCCCCCGGCCGGCGGUGACCAUGAAAUUACGAGCUACCACUUGCGAUGUUCCGAAUCCUCGAGUCGCAGGCGCCGGCCAAACAAACGGCCACAGACACAAUUAACACUCUGAGUAGUCGACUGCAGAGUGCAACUCUCCUAGAAGACCGGCGGGCAGCGAUACAAGGAUUGAGAAGCUUUGCAAAGACCUUUCCCGCCUCAGUUGCAUCGGGCGCACUCCGCCCGUUGAUCAGCAGCCUCAGAAACGACCGCGAAGAUGUGGAUACCCUGAAAGUGGUCUUGGAGACCUUGUUGAUGUUAUUUACUCCGGAUGAGAAUAGUGUUGGUGGUCUCCUUAGCUGGGUCGGUCUGCAACACAUGCUGAUGUGCGCUGUCUAGCCCGAAGCAUCAGACGAAAUAGCUCUCUGGCUUUCCGAU